AAUUUAAUAGGUGCCUGGAUCCUUGUUUGAAAUUUGAAUUAGUCAUUUCGGUGUUGCUGUCCUCUGUUUUCACAAAUGGCACAGAGGAUCUUGGAACCAUUCAGAAAAUUGCCCCAUCAAUUGCAAAAUCUUGAGAUUGUUAAGCGAAUACAUGAUUACACACUUGGGAAACAUACCGAUAGUUACUCUUGUCACCAGUCGUCUGCUUACGGAUGUCUGGAGUCUCCAAGCGCUUUGGCAUUCGACGAAGUUCUUGGCUUAUUAGCUGUAGGAACAAGUAAAGGGGUAUUAAAAAUAUAUGGCUCGCCGGGCAUUGUUUUCACUGUCCAACGAGAGGGUUCUCCGAUCACUUCCCUUUUGUUUUUACCAGGUGAAGGGCGGAUUGUUUGCGCUUCGACUGACGGAACGUUAGAUCUUUUUGAACUAGAUUCUAGAUGUGGACGAUGGUCACCAACUAGCCAAGUGAAAGUUCAGCAAACCGGUGAACAAGAUCUUAUUACAUGUAUUUGUCUUGGUCAUGGUGUUAUUUACAUUGGUUUCGCAAACGGUACACUGCGUCAAGUUGCGGUUAAAAAUGGUCAUAUGACACUGGGAGAUGAUACACUCACUGCAUGUACAAGUUCAAUUAUCAGCGACAGUGUCCCCGCAGACAAGCGAGAUCAACUUGGGGUAGACUCUCCCAUUAUAUCCCUUGAAUUACAACCUCAAGGUAAUCAUCUACUGAUCGCAUACGCAGGGGGCUGUGUAGCAGUGGCUAUUCCUCAGCCUAUUCCAUCAGAAAGCGUUACACAACCAGCUGCUCCGGCGGAUGUUGUCACUGCUCCUACAGCUCAGGGGGAAGUUGUUACUCCAAAUGUUGUUGAUGAGUUGGCUCCAACUAUUCCCCAAGAAACUCAGGGUGAAGCAACACCAGGUGACAAAACUGAAGUAAAUGGAGAGAAGUCUCAGCAAGUUUCAAACGACAGUGCUGUCGAGUCAACUCCUAGUACUCCUGCUAAGGGACAUUCGGAGAAGCGAUCAACCCUAAAGUUUAAGGCGUUGACACGUAGUUUGAGACCUGAUGCGUCUAAAGCAGAGAAAGAAGAACCAUCAUUACCUGUACCUCCAGCUCCUCGUAUCAGUCAUUUACUGCUUCGCGACCAACCAGUUGAAUGGGCCUCAUGGCGUGUUACAUCCGUGGACUCUUUAUCUACUGAAGUUGUAGUUGCUUAUGGUGAUGGUGCAUUUCAGGUUUGGCCUAUUGUUGCAGCUGUUAUUGAUCAACCGUUUGAGCCAAUCAUUGUAUCAAUGAUAGAUCCACCAAACACUCCAUAUGGUCCUUUACCUUGUGGCGCAAUAAAUAAGAUAUUGAUCAGUCCAUCUGCAAAUGCCGGUUUACUAACAGUGUUUUGUGGAGGUUUACCACGUCCCCAAUUUGAGAAUCGUUAUGCAGUGUCUGUCUUACAAGAUCAUGAACAUCAUGUUUGUUAUCAGUUUGGAUCAAAGGUUAUUGAUUUUGUACUUGUACCGAGUGAAGGAAGUGUAUCAAAUGAAACGGUUUCAGGUGAAGUUGUGACUAAACCUUGUCCACCUAGUUAUUCUGCUACAUUAUUAGUGCUUACUGAACGUGAACUUGUUGCGAUUGAUUUAACUCAACCCGAUUGGCCUGUCUACGAUUCACCAUAUCUUAAUUGUAUGGAUUUCACUCCGGUUACAGCUAUAACUCACAUAGGACAGGUUCCACCAGCUCUAAUCCAUCGGCUACACCAAGCUGCUCAGAUAACUUCAGAUGAUAUUACCAACUGUUCAUGGCCAAUAUGGGGCGGGUCUCAUAAUGGUAACAAGAAAAAUUUUGCACAAAAUUCUGGAAAUGACGUUAUCGUCCUUGGACAUUCAAAUGGAUGGGUUACUUUAUGGGCAGUUGGUCGAGGAGAUACUACAAUUCAUCUGGGAACUUUACCAACUUCAUCUUUGUUUAAUUUAACUGAUUUGCAAAAUGGUCAGAAGUGUGGGAAUUCGAUAUUGGAGGAAGAAACGUGGCCACCUUUUCGUCCAGUUGGUUAUUGUUCUCGAGCACAACGUCAAUCUGUCGAGAAUUGUGAUCCACGCUUGGCUAUUACACAGUUACUUGUUUUACUGGGAAGUCCAAUUCGAUCGGGUGUUAGCGGUUCAAUUGCACCGGAUACAUUGACACUCGUUGUGGGUGGUGCUGGUGGCCAAGUGAGCCUAUGGGUCGCCGGUUCAGAAGGAUUUUUGCAUUCACCGGAACUUAGUUCUUUUGAGCCUGAUGUAUUCAGAAUAUGUGUUAGCCUCAUUGAUCAUUCAGAUGAGAAUAAAUAUAUUUGGAAAGAUGCUUUAUCUCUUCGACCUACCGAAGGUGUCCCUCAUUAUUGCACACCAACUGGACUAACAUUUCAUCCAUGUCAACUUAUUCAAUUAAAUCCUCCUAGCCAGAUUACAUCUCUUGCAUUGGAGUUGUCUUGGAAUCUAUUGGCCAUCGGUUCUUCACACGGAUUUGCUUUGUUAGACUUAUUUGAUCGUUCUAUAAUCCAUGCUCAUUUCACUUACGAUUCAUCAGGUCCUGCAAAGAUUGUUAAUGCUGUUGCUACUGUACAAAAUGUGAUAAUGGCUCGAGGAAGACAGCUUACAUCAACAAUGAGACAAUCAUUUAGACGUUUAAAACACUUUCGUACUUCAACAGCGAGCUCUGAGAAAACUUCGAGCGAACCUACUGCACCAGCUGAUGAAAAUCAAACAACGCCGCAACAAACCGAAAAGAGUCUUGAUGAAACCUCACCUAAAGAUGAAAUUAAAGAACAAGAUCAGCCUGUUGAACCAGGUGAAAAAAAAGAAAUCCAAGAAAAUGUUGAAGCUGUAGGAGUAACAGAGCAACCAACAACUUCUGUAGAAUCUGAAGAACCGAAACAACAAUCAAUAACGGAUAAUGCUGAGGUUGAUGUUCCUCCUGAACCUAUUCAACUGAGCCAAGAGGAUAUAGUAUCAUCAGCUGUUCGUUGUCUCCUGUUUUCUGAGACGUAUGUUCAAGUGGGAGACCGUGCUCCUUCUGUCUGGGUUGGUACAGCUUCAGGUAAAGUGUUGGCUUUUAAUUUGUCAUGGAGAGGUACUGCUGGACCCGUUAAGGCGACAUUGUCCAAGGAAUUACAAUUACAUCAUCACUCUCCGAUUGUUUCUUUGUAUAUCAUCGAUGCAGUUGAUCAUGGACCAAUUAUGCAUAGCCAAGCUUACAGGAAUUCGUGUGUCGAAUCAGUUGAAAGUAAUGAGAAAAAAGAAUCUGCUCAACCGUCAGAACCUCCUGCUGAAGUUUCGAUGGAUGGUGGUAAAGAUACUGAAAUACCUAUUCAAUCAACAUCAGCCACACAGGAUGUGCAUCAAUUACUUUUGUGCUCUGAGGAACAAGUUAAAUUGUUCAGUAUACCUUCACUUCGUCCAAUUUAUAAGCAUAAAUUUAUUGAUCGCCUUCGUAUGCUUGGUAUGUCAGUGACUUCUGGUGCUGGUUCAACUUCUAAACCAGAAAAGGAAGUGGUUGAAGAGGCAGCAGAUACAGUUGUUGGUGAGAGCGAGGUUGUAUAUGUGAACGCAAGCCAGAUUAAUCCCAAACGUGUGACAGGGUUUGGCCUUCAGAAUUUUACUUCUGGGUCCGGAGAAAAUGCUAAACUCGAAUGGAAUGCUGUUGCAACGCUACUAGAUGGACAGAUUGCUGUACUGUCUUUGCCUAACCUUCGUAAAGUAUUCAAGGAACGCUGUUAUCCUGGUUAUCUACCUUCAUCUACACUUCCCUGUGUUGCCACGCGUACGUAUAACACUCAUGUCUUCUGGUCUAUAGGAUGUCGUCUUUUAGUAUCCGAACUCAAUCCUAUUCCUUUGUUGAAUUCAUUCGCAACACCAGUUAGUGAUAUUAUAACAGAUGAUUUUAUUGCAAUCCAUUUACCCGAAUGGGCUAGAACGGCUAGUAAAGAUGUAUCAGUCGAAAAUGAAAAUUUAAAAACAUCCAACCAGACAAACUUGGUUUCUGAACCUCUCCAGAGUACUGGAAAUAUUGCCACUGACGAGAAAACAAAUGGUUGCGCACCUGUAGUAGAAGAGGAGAUUAUACCAACGAAUAAGAUGAAUGAUACUAUACUAGAGAAUGGUCAGAAUAUUGGUGAUGUUACAUUGGAUUCUAUCAAGGAAUAUUUGAAUGGCACUGAUGUAACAAUGGUUGUAAAAACAACUGAACUGUCUACUGAAAAGCGUACUCUUGUAGAAGGUGGAAAAAUUACAACUACCGUUCAUGAAGUAGAGAAGGUUGAUGGAAAAAUUACAAAAGACGAUGUUGUUAAGUUUGUCGCUGAUGGUGAACCGGAGGUGGUGAGUAUUACAGGUCAGUUUUAUACAACAUGUUAACUUAUUGAUUUAAUACUAUUGAUGGGAUUAGAAAAUUGUGCUUGUGGUUUUAAAAUCUCUUUAAUUUUCUUGUUGUAGUAUCUUAGGUUAUAGCGAUUGAUAAUGGUGUUUCUGAAGUGUUUUCUGUUUUCAUACCCAGCAUCUUGUUUUUAUUAAAUUCCGAGCAUUGAAUUACCGGUAUUAUUUUCAUAAAUUUACAGUGAACGAACUACAACUUUAAACAAAUGAUCGUCAAGUUAUAUGUGGUGAUAAAUUGUACAUAAUUUAAAUUCUGUCACAUCGUUUACACUGUUUAUGAUGUUCAAGCUUUGAGAAUUUAAUGGUCGAAUGUGAAGCAAUUAUCUAUCCAUCACAGGCUUGGUGUAAAUAAGACGUCAUGUGUUCAUACUCUGGACCGAAUGUUCUGCGUUCGAUUCACGGUUUGGGGGAUCGUGGUUACACACUGUUAAGAAGUCCCACAUUAGGACGAGACAACCGUCCAGUGUUUUCAGGUUUACAUUGAUGGUCUAGCUAAGAUAUUAGUUCGUGGUUUAAACCACAAAAAGUUUUCUAAAUGUUUCACUGCCGAAUUUUAAAUCACUUUAUUGUUUAUACUGGGGUGUAAUCUACUAUCUAGUUUAUUGUUUAAAUUUUCCUAGAAAAAGCAAAUUGUUAAGAUUUGUAUGGUCACAACAUUGUCAUAACAUUAAGAUCUAAUAUUCUCUGUCUAUUACUGUCGAUGGAACCUUGUCUAGAUUUAAUAAUUUUUUUGUUUGCCAACUACAUAUAUUGAUUCCUUAAGACACUAUUCAAUGGAAUCCCUCUAAACUUUGAUAAUUAUUCAACCACUCUACUGUGUUGUCCUUUGGGUUCAUACAGGAAGUCAGUCAGUAACAACGUAGAACUUCGUACGUACGUACAUCAGUUCGAGUUGCCACACCACAUUAGCACAGAGAUGCAGUUGUCGAUUCAAAUCCCAUAGUGGUAGAGGUAGUAAGAGUAUAAGCAGUAAUCGGGAGGAUUAGGGUUUAGAGAUUAUAUUUAAAGAGUAUAAUACAGUGAAAUAAAUUUGGGAAGAGAAAAAAGAGACAAGGAGGAAUCAGGAGAUUAAAAUUUGGAAGAACACAAAGAGUGUAUGCACCUGCGCCAUUGCAAGCGAUUUUGAGCCAUGUCAUUCAGGGUCUCUAACCAUCGGUUGCUAUCAUCUCGCGGUCCCCAACCAGGUAGUCUACACCUACCAACAUGACUCAGUCCACUUGUCAGUGACUUCAUGGACUUGUGCCAUGUUUUGGUUUGGCCGCCCCUAGCUUUCUUCCGACCUACUCCUAUACCACUGAACAUAGCACGUCGAGGCAGUCGGUCGUUGGGCAUACGUAACACGUAUCCCAGCCAUUUCAACUGAUGAAGUUUCACCACUUGAUCAAUUGAUUUGCCAUCCUUACGUAUUACCCGUUUCCUAACAACUGCGUUACUUACUCGAUGGUCCCAGGAUAUACGAGCAAUAUUUCGAAGACACCUAUGAUCAAAUACUAGUAGCCUACGAAUGUCUUCUACUCUUACCGGCCACGUUUCACUGCCAUAAAGUAGGACGGAACGAACUGCUGUGCAGUAAACACGUCCUUUGGUUGAUAGACGGAUAUCUUGCCUAUGCCAUAAAUGACGCAUGUUGGCAAAAGCUAGUCGAGCCUUCUGUAUCCGUGCUGAGAUUUCGUCACACACCAGACCACAAGGGCUGAUGAGACUUCCAAGAUAAGUGAAGUGGUCGACACACUCAACUACUUCACUCCCUAUCACUAGUUCAGGUGUCGAUGUAACCCAAUUCUGAAGCAACAUUUUGCAUUUCGAGCAGGAGAAUCGCAUCCCGAACAUGCUUGCAUUGUUGCUUAGAGUGGUCAGAAGACUCUGCAUUUUGCCAGCGUCUUCACCAAAUAAAACUAUGUCAUCUGCAUAUUCCAAGUCAACAGGAAACUGAAACUGAAAGACCGAUUGUGAAUUUGGAAAUAGUAUGUUUAGAACCAACAAAGUAUAUACUUGUGAAUAUGAGUAGCGUAUAAGUAAACUAUAUUCACUUUUUACAUUACACC